AUGCGAUCUGCUCUGGCUGGGCAUCGGACAUUGAGAAUUGCAUCAUGGAGGAAGGACUCAGUGGGAUCGCGAUGGUCAUAUGCGCAAUUUAAGCCUCAAGCUAGGCGACAACGUGUGUUCUCUAGUGUGGGAGUGGGCUUGUUGAAACAUGGACAUGGAACGGGCGUGCUUGAGAACGGACGGGAACAGCGUCACUUUUACUCCGUCCCAGGUCGUAGGCUGUAUAAGCAAAGAACACGGGCGGAGAAGCCGGCGAGCAUGAGGGGGAGGGAAAUAAGGGGGGACAAGUUCUGUAACGAGGCUGAUGGGUCAAUGGAUGGGGAUGGAGCUGGAAAGGAGGAGAAUAAGCGUCGAAAUGGUUUUGGGCCAAAUGAUAAGCUUGCGCACGCAGGGACAAAGGGCAAGCUUUUAACGACACCAUCAAGAUUGUUCAAGCUUCUUAUUCCGUUGCCGACUAAUCAUCAGAAAGAUGUCGAAGCCAUUGCGAUACUAGUUCACUCUCAGCAACCACUCUCAUAUUUAGAGCGACUGAUCCAAGCGGAAGUUCCUCUGGUCAAAGGACGAGACGGACAGAAAAGACCACCGGCCAUAUCCUUUAUCGUUCUUCAGUUUGAAGGCGAUUCGAUCCGCCCACGAUCCGCCACGCAUGAAGACGCCAAAUUUUCUGCGCGCUCCAUGGGAGAGGUGGAAGAAAUAGCUCUAGCUGUUGGCCCAGAGCCAACAGAGUUGAAAUCGCCUAGCAAGGAGCUUGGCACAUGUAGCAACUUGCGACGGGGAAAACCUGACCCAGAGAGUGCAGACGAGCGGUAUGUGCGGUGGUCGCACGCGACGGAGAUCGGAGAUUUCAUUCGUGACGCUGUUCGUGCUGGAGAGUUCAUUAUUGCCAUCGAGGGGGAACCAGCAGGACUGAGUCAAAUCAAAGUGACAGUCCCUUCCUUCGAGGAGCGAACAUAUUUCCUCCGGAUGCGGUUGAGGAAAAUCGCCGGUCGAAUCCAGAAACUUGCAGAGAUCAAGCAUGAGUGUGACAUAUUAGCACACCGGGGUGCACAGCGCGUGGCUAUCGGGGGAUUCGGCAUACUUGCUUCGUGGUGGUAUCUCGUGUAUAGACUAACAUUCGAGACAGAUCUAGGCUGGGAUACGAUGGAGCCCGUCACAUACCUAGCUAGUUUGUCCACACUCAUGGGGGGAUACUUGUGGUUUCUUUACCACAAUCGCGAGAUAUCAUAUCGCUCAGCAAUGGAUUUCACGAUUAAUGCCCGCCAGAAGAAGCUGUAUCAGCAGAAGGGUUUAGAUCUACAGCUUUGGGAGAGCCUCAUUGACGAGGGCAAUGCGCUCCGCAGGGAAAUCAAGACCAUUGCAGCUGAUUACGAAACGGAAUGGAAUGAGAAGCUGGAUGAGCGUGACGAGCGUGUCACUGAAGCACUGAGGCAGGAAAGGAAACAGAAGAAGGAUGAUAGCAAGCAAGAGGAAGGGAAAAGAUCUGAUACUUAAUACUCUUUAUAUCUUGUGUGGAAUUGUGUGCGAUUGCAUACAGAAGUGGAUUUGACCUGAAUACCUAUAUUUUAGGAUAUACAAUAUAUAUAAG